AUGGUCGCCUUUCGCUGGCAGUUUUACUUGGGUGUGGUCUUGGCUUUAGCUUUCGGUCUGACACACUGCUUUCUGGUCUUUCCACGUCAGGGAUCCUUUGGUUUGCUGGCUGCCGUGGCCAUUCCACUGGAGCUUGGGCCCAAAAACGUGUACAUGGCCUUUAACUUCGAGUCCAAUUAUGCACUGCCAUCCAAUGAUUCCUACAAUCAGUGGAUUGAUAGAUGGGAUCUAGACGAUCACUUUAUGGGUGUUGGUGGUAAUGUCACACCCAUAAAUGCCCGUCAGGAUGCAGGAGAUUUCCCAGAGGACGAGGACAAUGAAGUAAAGCGUCGUUCGGUGGGAUCUCCACCUCCUUUCCGGCGCCAUGACUUCUAUCGCAGUAUUAUAAACUUCCUGACCCACUACGGAUUCAAUGGCUCUGCCUGCCUGCUGCGAACUAUCUGCGAGGUCAGCGAGUCGCCCCUGGAUGCCCAAAACGGACUGGUUGGCAGCCUGUUUCAGAUUCUAUUCAUGCCCACGACGAGUGCCGCGGAGCGGGAACUGCAGCACGUGGAUGGACUCUACGAGGCCUCCGAUGCGGGCACGCAUGGAACGGGCUGCUCCGAUUACGUGGCCCACUGCGAACACAGUGCUCUGGACCUGAUAACCAUUGUGUUCUGA